AUGCCCCCCAUUAACCAUGCUUUGGCAGUGGGCGUCAUCGCCGCCUCCGUCGUCGUCGCGGCUGGCAUAGCCAUCUACGAGUCGCCCGAGCUGCGACGCAUGGCCGAGGACCUGCGGCGCCGCAUCUCCAUUGCGCUGUACUCGCUCGGCGACAGCAUCAGCCCGCAGGAGCGCGAGAACCUGGUCAACCGGCCCGAGGAUGCCGAAGGCUUCCUGCUGUCCCGGGGGAUCGAUGUCCGGGGCGAGCAGGGCGAGCCCGGCGUUGACGCAGACGAGGAGACCAAACGGCGGCAGCGCGAGGAGCUGCUGUACUGGAACGCCAUUGCCGAAUCGAAGAAGGAACAAGAACACAGGGAUCCAGAGAAAGGCGCCGCUGCUUCAACGACACCGAAACGGCUUCAUUCGAGGGGCUCGAGCUUCGAUGAUUUCCUGCAGCAAGACUCAAGCGGCGAGAAGGGCACCUUCGUAUUCAACUCGGGGGCCGACGCCCAUGGCGAAGACGCUGAAGGACUUCGACGGCGUGGCGACGGCGCCCGCGGUCUGAACUACUCGGUCUACACCAACCCGUUUGCCGAUGAACAUGGCAUCGAUGAGACCGUCGCCUUCGAAAACAGCCUGAUGGACCCCGAGAAGGAAGAGCUGGAGGAUAUCUACAGCGUGUCUGAGCGUGGGCGGGAAGCUUUCGACCGGGAAACCACUGCCACUCUUUCGGCACCGCCCGAGCACAUCCCCUCCCUGGUGGACGUGGACACUCCUGCCCAGGAGACAGGCCCCUCCACCACGUCGGACCGUGAGCUAGGCCAGGACGAGUACAUGACUGCGGGCCAGGAGGACAGACACGAGGCCUACAGCUCCAUCCAGGCAUGGGCCCAGACGUCGAACCCCAGCUUCUACUCGCCACUUCCAGUCUCGCCGGCGGGGCCGCUUUCGGAGGCCGAGUUCAUCAGCGAAGGGCAGCUCACCCCGACCGACUCCGCGUCGCUGGCGGGCUCGGGAGAGGACAUCGCCGAGGAGGCACGCUCGACGGCCUCCGGGGAGCAUGGACGGUACUACGACGUCAUGAGCGACGAUGAGGGCGUCAUGACCCCCGCCAGUUGGACAGAGGUUGGCAGCGUGAUCAGCGAAAGCGAUGCUGGUGUUCAGCCUGCUCGUGCAUCGUAA